ACCCCUUGGAAACUACUGUACAGAAACGUUCUUGUCAAAAUUGUACGUUGUAUAAUUGUGGAAAUAUUGUGAGCGGAGAUAGAGAGGAAUACUUGUAUUCAAAAUGCGCUUUGAUCUGAAGGAAUUGCUCCUGGUUUCCAUGUCCGCCAGUUCAGAUGGAGUCAUACGUCGCCACAAGAGAUUCAAAUUCGGCCAAGUGAGCUACCUGGUGCACUACGAGCUGCACCAGGGAAAGCUGAUGAUCCGCCAUGUGAAGAGGAUGCGACGCACUCCCUCCUUGAGCAGUCGUCUGCAAAAGCGUCGUCGUCGUCUUUUGAAGCGGAUGCUGAACGGAGGCAGUGCACCCACAGCGGUCGUCCAGCCACCACGGCUGAUGCAGAGCACCACCAGCCAAACGCAGCUGCAGGAGUGGUUCAACAGCCAGGUGGACACCUCGGACCUGGUCAGCAACAUCUCCAGGGAGGCACAGACCCAUGAGCCCGGCCAGCAACUCACGAGCAUAGCGGUGGGCACAGAAGUUGAGCUGGACAGCAGGGCCAGCCAAACGCUGCUCCAAGAGUGCACAUCCAGUCAUGUGGACACCUGCGACUUGAUCAUCACCAUUGCCAGGGAUCAGCAGACCUUCCAUCCCGACCAUGUGACCCUUGCCAGCCAAACAGAUACCCACGACCUGCAUUGCAACACCACCCAGACGGAUCUAAGCUCCAAGACCACCAACACGCAGACCAAGCUGGCCAAGCUGACCUGCCUGGGCACCCAAACGAUGGUUCACUGUACCACUGCCACGGUACAAACCCAGAGACACCGCCAACACAUCAGCACGCAGACCAUCGACGACGAGGAGGAGCUAAUCAAGCCCCAUCUGCAGGCCCUGUAUCUCAUCCACGAAUCUAUCAAGAACCAGAGCAACCUCAUCCAGAAUGAGGUGCUGGAAGCCGUCAAUCAACUGGUUGAUAUCAGCCUGCUGCAGGUGAAGCAAAUGCGCAUGGAGUUGGACCUGCCCAGGGAGGCGUCCUUGGAGCCAAUGACACCCAUCCCGUCGAGCCAGAUCGGGGAUAGUCAGCCAAAGGAGAAUUCCUCGGCCAAGACUGACUCAUGCAAAUUGGAGCCCAAGUACAGGAUUGUAAGAGUCGUCAAGGACAAGAGGAGUUCCUUGGGUCGCUUGUGGAACUGUACGCAGAAGUGCAAGGGCUGUGGUCUGCACAUGCACCGCACCAGGCACCGGGUGACCAGCGAAAACCAAGGAACCCAGACGGAAGUGGAGACGGAGGACGCGGUGGUCAGGAGCGAAGUGGCGACGCAGACGGAAAGGGAGCGAGCAUUCUGGACCAUGAAACGCAUCUAGAGAGGAUUGCACACAGUCCUGGGAACUUACCCCAGCAGCCAGGCCGCCGUUCUCAUCCAGCUUGGACUCAUGUUGAUGAACUUGUGCCUUCUGAUUGACACUUUUAGCAUGUGGCAAGCGACGAUUUCAAGUAAUCAAGUAAACGCAAUCGAAUCACAA